AAACAGUUUGCAUAAUACUUGAAGCUGCAAAAUAUUUGAAUUUAAAAUUAGAGAUUUUUUUUAAGAUAUAGCUUCAAGCUGGAAUGAUUUGAUAAUCAAAUAAGGACCAGCACAUCAUAAACACUGAAAAAAGUCUAAACAGAAUUUACACUCUCACACCAAUCAAACACUGGAAAAAAUACAAGUGCAAUUACUGGCUGCUAUGUGAACUGUUAUCUACCAAAUGGUUUUCUUACAGUACUGAGAUCUUUGUCUCCAUACUGCAUGCUUUCAACAAACGUGGUUUGCAUUUCACCCAGGAAACACAGAAUCUCCUUUUUAAUAUCUAUAUAAAAAAGCUAAGUGUUUGACAAUAAGUUCUCUAUAGUAAAUAGCUGACAGGAAAAAAACUGUUCAAAGUUGGAAACAAAUAGAGAUUUACAACCCUGCAGUGGAAAAAUUCAUAUUAAAUUCAUAAGUUGGAAAUCCACAGAUGGAGAAGAGAUGGGUUUUGGAGGAAGGCAAGAUGGUAGAUUGAACUAAGAAAACUUUGAAGUGGGUAAAAACUGCAUAGGAGAAAAGAUUUUUUGAAUGUUUGUUGAAAAUUAAGGCAAUAACUUGUAAAGAUAGCACUAGAAGAAUGGAAGAUCCUGAGGUGGCCUGAGAGGUCAAAAAAAGAGAAUGCAUGAUGCGCUGUGCUCAGUUAUCUCUUCAAGAAGAAAGAGGGGCUUGAAGAAAUGGGUGUGUAGACAAAUGUGAUAAGCAGAGAAAUAGUUGGAAAUAAAUAUUUGGAAAUCGUGGCAUCCUCCCAGGUGAAAUAAAAAAAUGUUGACAUUAGCUACCAGGAAGCAAAAAUGGCACAACCUCAAGCAGCAGAGGUAGAUAAACAGUCAAGGACAUUGAACACCUGAACUGAAAGAAAAAUUUUGGGUGAAGCACAGAGUGAAAAAAUGAAACUUGAAAAGAGUUGUUUAAGAUGGAGAAUGGUUAGAAAACUCAGAAAGUUUAGGCUUUUCUUUCAAAGAGGGAAAAGCAAAUCAUUGUGUCAGAGCUGGAAAGGCAAUAUGAAGAAAUAGAUAAUUUUAAUUAUUUCUGGAAUGUUGAGGCACGCUGAAAAUAUUAAGAGCACAAUAUUAAAAGAUAACUUUCUCCUCUCUCACAUUUUCUUGAAAAUCAUCUUUGUGUUAAAAGGGCUACAUAGAAAGCUACAGAGAAACAAGUCUGCUUCCAUGGACACACUGAACUCCAACAUGAACAUAGAGUGGAAUAAGAUGGUUACGACAAUACAUCACAUAAAGUGGAAAUCAUGAUUGAAAAAAAUAAGAUAAGGCAAAGAACAAUCAAGGCAGCACAAAGAAAACUGAGGAAAAGAUUUCUCAUAGCAACUGAAUAUCUCACUGUUGAAGGUGCAGGAAUCAGCCUCAAAAGAAGCCAGUCUUCUCAGAUAAUUUUUAGGCUCUGAAGUAAGACCAGAGAUGUACUCUUCACAAAGAAUCACCAAACAAGAUCAUUUACCUGCUGAAGGAGCUGAGGCACUCCACAAGAUUGAUUCAGUCCGAUGCAGCAAACUGUGGCUUGUGUGAGGGACUGGAUAACCCUGUUUCCUGGUACAAAGCACAAUUCAAAUUGGAAACAGGGAUCAUGCAGGACUUUGGAAACUUGAUCCCCAAAAGAAUGUAUUGCUCACAAUGCAUUCUUCGAAAGGAGCAAGCAUUUAGAGAAUGUGUUUUCAAAUAGAGAUUUUUCAUGGUUUAGUUAAAGCUUUUAGCAGUGUGAUGACAGAAUGUGGAAAAAUGAGGUCUUCACUGCAAAAGGAAGAGUUUUGGCAUUACUCUGAAGAGAAGGACCGCAACGGGAGAUAAACAGAGCUUGAGAUAACCAAACCAGGUGCUGAUGAAGGAACAGAAAUUGCAAAGUGAUUCACUUGGCAAAGAAACACUCUUUCUUCUCGUAGACAUAGUUUUGGUCAUCACUGCUUUGGAAAUGAAACUAUAAGCACAAACAUGGGAUAGUCAGAGCAUGUGGCUGCAACGGUAAGCGCACUGCAGGGACAGGAGAUGGUCUUCUCACAAAGUAGAAAAGGAAUUAGAAGAUGCAAGCAUACCUGAUAAAAAAGUAAACAGUGCUGGAGAAGAGAAUUUGAACCUCAGAAUAAAAGAGCUGGAAAAGUCGGAGCAAAAACUGAAAGGUGUUCUAGAGGACUAUGUGGAGUCAGAUUCUGUCCUAAGAAAUAGGAUGAAAGAGCUGGAGCUGUCACACAAAACACUUCUUGUGACGAUUGAUCAACUAAACGUGAAGUUGCACCAGGUUGAAAAUGCAAAUGUGCGUGUUAAAGGGAAACUGCGAGACAUUCAGGAGGACCUGAUCAACUUGGUUAAAACCCAAGAAAAGUCAGAGAAGAAGCAAAAGGAAAAAUUACAUUGGCUUCAGGAGCAGCUAAAGACAAAAGAAGAUGAAAUAAAAAGCCAGUCAGAGUAUUUUGAGCACUACAAACAAAGGCAGAGACAACAGACAGCAGUGCUGAGAGAAAGGGAAUGUUACCUUCGGAGUGAGGUAUCUAGGCUGGAAAAGCAAGUCCUCGAUCUUAGUGCCCAUAUUGCUCUUUUGACAUCCGAGUUAGAAGAGGGAAUGGUGCAGUAUUUCCAGCAGAAGCUGGAAUCAGCAUCCAUUGAGACUCAAGGCUAUAAACACUCUGAUGUGGAAGUAAUGGAAUUGAAGACUUGCAUUGAAAACAUGGAGUGUGACAUGAAAAGCCACCUCAAGGCCUUUCAGCAAAAUCUGAAGUUCUUAAGAGAAGAAGAGGAGGACAACAGAAGAGAACAGGCAGACCUGCUGACUGAACUCCAGUGCUUUCAGGACACUGAAGACUUUCUCAGAAGAAAAUUGGAAGAAUCUUGCCAUCAUGUUUAUAGUCUGAAAUUAUCUGAAAUCAAACUACAGGAAAAAAUGGAAGAGCUUUUGGAUGAAAAUAGGGCUUUAAAAGAUCAAGGUAGGGUGACAUUGAAAAAUAAGAAAGAAAAGGACUCACAACUUACAAAAUUGGAGAAUGGAGAUGACAGUGUUGACCUGAAUGGAGAUCUAACCCAGGAAGAUGUUCAAAAUCUGAAAUGGGGAGCAGUCUUGGAUUCACUCAGAAACAGAGCUACUGAAACUCCGGUUGUGCUGCUACAUGCUAAAGAGUCUGAAACACCAGGAUGUAGCUGUGACGGGCUAAAGCAGAUGGAGGAGCAAGCAGAACUUCUACCAGUUUUGGAACACAGUUCCAGUGCCUUUGCAAAAGUUGCUGGUCUAGCUGAGAUUGAGCAGGUUACCCUUGGAACAAAGACAGCAGGUACUCGAGAAGAUAGUUUCACAUUGUUCAGAUGUACCCCAAGUUAUUGUGCAGCAAGACUGCUUCCCCCUUGCUCUGAGAAGUUAACUAACAAUGGGACAAGUAAGGGAACCAAAGAUGAAGAAAACUUUUCUCUCUUGAAGGAACAAGCUAUAAAUCUACCAGCAAAGAUGUUCCCUGUUUCUGUGGUUGAAGCUGUGAUGAGGAAGAAGCUCCAACUUACCUUGUUAGAACCUGAAAGCUACCACAUGUCAGCUGUCACCACUGUGAAAAAAGUGAGGGGUUUUGAUUUCUGUGACACAAAUAUCAAUCUUUGCUCUGAUGCCCUCUGCCUUGUUGCAGAAGGAGGAUUUUCUGACAAAGCUUCUGCACUUCUUCAUGGAAAGAUGCCUUGCACUGUGACUGAAAUUUUCACAUUAUCUCCAGAAAAAUACAACGUGGAAAAACAUUGGGAAAACAAGCAAAUUCUGCCAGAAAGCAUAAAUGAAAACAAAUGUCUGGAUAAAAUUGUUGAUGAUGGAAAGUAUCAUCAAAAGAUCUAUAGAGGGAGAGCUAAAGGAGAAGAAAUACAGAAUGAGAAAGUCCAACCACAACAGGUGACCUGUGUUCCUGAGGAAAGUCCUAAAGUUUUAUUUAAACCUGAAUUGAUCAGGCCUGGGAAGCAAGGAAUGGAAGCCAAAGACAGCCUCGGUAGCCCACAGGAUGUUCCAAUUUUAUCUGUUGAUUUUAAAGACUUAAAGAAGCAUUUUAAAGGGAGCCCUAAACUAAUGGAGAAACAAGGAAACCUCUCAGAAAUCUGCACCUCGGAUGUGAAUAGGGUAUAUAAUGGAGAAGACAUAAUCAAAAUGGAGGAGAAAGGAGAGCAACCUCAGAAACCAACUCACCAAACAAACCCUUCCAGCAACGCUGGCCUGAAAGAAAAGAAAGACCAGACCCUGAAACUGUGUGAACCAAAUAAGAAUUUCUCAUGUCAAAAAAUAGCUGCUGAAAACAUGCAACAUGCAUACUCUCAGAAAUUUUUUUGGUCAGAGGAAGAGAGGUGUCCGGUAAACAUAUUGUCUCCUAUGCAGGAGAGGGCUGUGUGCUUAAACAAACUGUUCCUGCCAGGCAGCAAUUUUUAUGAGAGUUUCUGUCAUCUGUCACCACUGGAAACUGGUAAUGAAUGUAAUGUGAAGAUACAUGCACUGGAAAAAGUGGUGGCAGUGUGUUCUCAGAAGAUAUUUCUACUGAUGCAAGAGAAUGCGAAUUACUCAAAAAAAGUCUGUAUAUUACAACAGGAGAAUGAGAGAUAUGCUCAGAUGAUGUGUGCACUGGAAGAGGAGAUGGAUGCAUAUUUUCAGUACAUUUUAGCGAUAGAUGAAGCUAACACUGUUUCAUUCCAAAACUUACUUAAUGAGAAAGAAGUUGCUGGUGGAUGUUACAAUAACUUAUCAGAAGAAAACACCAUGAGCCCAGGAACACUUUUUGUUGAAAACUUCUCUAAGAACCUCUCAUGUGUUGAAAAGAAAAAUUGGUAUUCUGAAAAAGGCUCAUUGACAAUUGCAUCAAAUAAACUUCCCAGGAGUGUUUUAUCCCUGGAUGGAAGGAAAAUGAAAUAUUUCCAGCUGCUUUCUGACCUGAAAGAAGAAAGAAGCAGAUGCUUCAAAGAAAUAGCUAAAUUAUUACAAGACAAGGAGAACUAUGUAGCAAAAUAUAAUGAAUUAAUACAAGAGAGAGAGGGAAAUUUAGAAAGAAUAUCUCUUUUAGAAGGUGAAAAAGAAACUUUAUUGGGAUGUUUGGCACAGGUAAAGUGUGAACAAGACAAAUACAGGACCUUGGUUUCAGAACUUCAAGAGUGCAAAACCAGCUGUUAUCAAACUAUUUCUGAUUUACAGGAGGAACAAUGUGCACUGGAAAAAGAAAUAGACAGAAUCAAGAAAGAAACUUCAGAACAGCUUGAUGAAUUUCAGAAAGCAAAUGCAAACUUUAUUUUAGAAAAUAGCAAAUUAAAAGAAUUAAUGUCUUCUUUGGGUUUCACCUAUGAAGAGCUGACAAAAGAUAAAAGUUUGGGAACAAAGGAAAAGAUAGUAGUAAAACUAAAAGAAAAAAGUCAGCAACAUGGUCUUAAGCCAAAGAAAGUUGAAACAGCAUGUAGUGUAACUCAGACUGAAGAAGGAGUUCUGGUUAUAGACCCCUCGAACUAUUUCCCUGGAAAAGAGGGCAGCACGUCUGAAAGCUACAGUGUGAUGAAAAAGCAAGUCGAAAAGGCAAAAGAGGAACAAAAAAUACAGCAAAAGGAAUUAGAAAAAACAAAAAAAGAGGCUCAGAAGUGGUACAGAGAACUUGGCUUUGCUGAAACAAGAUACGAAGAAAUCAAAACUCGUUUGGCACAGGCUCUCUCAGAAUUAGACCAUCUUAAACAAGAAGUUGGGGACAAAAUGCUUGGAAAGCAGUACUGCAAAUUAAUGCCUCUGUACACUGUGAAAGAUGCCCAGGAAAUAGAGGAGAAUAAAAUAGACAAUAAGAGAUUACAGCAGCACGUGCUGACCUUGAAAGCCCAGCUCAGGGACCAGGCUGCAUUGCAAAAUCAGUUUCAUGACUUGCAGAAUGAAGUGGAACUCCUUCAGGCUCAGCUAUGUGAAAAGGAAAAAGAACUUCAGAAGAGAAAGUCUGAAGCGAAGUUGAUGCUAGCUCCUCUGAAGGCUAAGCUGGCUUGCCUUACCCGAAAGUGCCAGGAGAGGAAUAGCUUCAUUAUGAGGAUGCAUGGUGAAUUUCACAGGCGAGGAAUUAUUAACUCUGCAUUUGAUGAAGAGGUGAAAAACUUGAUGAAUGACCUGGUCCUGGCAGAGUACGCAGUCACUUUUACACCAAUGUGUGAUCAAGAGAUGCUGCCUUCUUCCACAGAUAUUUCACAGGCCAAUGGACAGCCAGAGGAUCAUGAGAUAUAUGUCAAAGUGAAUGGGAUGACUGGGUCAAUACCUGCAAACUCUCAGCAAAAGGUGGAUAGCAUCCACAGUUCUCGCAUCACUCCAAAUGUGUUUGCUGGUUCUCCUGUAAAAUUAAUAAGCCCGGAGAGGAUCAUAGCCUUGCAUCGAGAACUAAGACAAAACCAUCGUAAAAAUCGCCAGAUACCUUCAGUUGUCUCCUCCAACUCAAAUCCAAAGGCUGACUGCAACCGGCCGAUGAUCCACGAGGAAGCCCCUUGGCCUCUGCUGUCAAGGAUGAAGGAUGCAGCGGUGCCUCCGGAGCACAGUGCUUUCUGGGCCACGAAGGGGAGGGAUCGGUUGUCGAAAUGUGAUGAUGUAUUUUGGGGUCAAAUAGGAAAUCAGCAUGCAGGUGCUAUUCCCCAGGGAAUGAAACAGAAAAAUGCCAUUAUGAAUAAGGCAUGGCUCUCUAGAGAAAAAACAGAUGGCUCAACCUCAGCUACCACAGCAAAAAGCCAUUUGUCAGACGUGUUGUCAGCAAGUAAUAAAGGUCGAAAUCCUGUGGGGAGAAAUCAGCUGCACGGGAAAGAAUAAAACCUGCAAAAAUAAAACAAGGUAAAGCAUCUGAGCAAUGUGAUUUUCCCAUCGUUACAAAAGUACUAAUAAUUUUUUAAAACAAAGGUAUUUUACUAGUUAGCAUGGCCUAGCAACUAGUUUGAGUUGACUGGAAAAUUUACAUGAAAAAGAGCUGUAAUACUUUUUGUGAUCAAAAUUUCUUAGAACAUUUGAGGUCACUGAAACCUAUGGAUUUUUCAGU